AUGAUAUUGCUCAACCAUGGACGGAUUAGCUUGAUCUUGUGUCCCAUUCCUUUGCAAGAUAUGCUUCAUUCUACUUCCUUUCUUGCCGUGGCCUUGCUGGCUCUGCCGGCCGCUGCCGCCAAUAUCACGACCCCGAAACCCGGCGGCAGCUGCCAAGGCAAGAAGAGCACGCGGCCUAAUAUUGUAUUCAUCAUGGCCGAUGACCAGGACAAGACGAUGGCCUCGACGGACUACCAGCCCCUUCUGAAGAAGUACAUUGGUGAACAGGGCACGGAGUUUCACAAGCACUUUUGCACCGUCUCGCUCUGCUGCCCGUCGCGUGUUUCGCUGUUGACUGGUAAAGCUGCCCACAACACCAACGUCACUGACGUCCGAUCGCCCUACGCAGGCGGCUACCCGAAAUUCAUCGCCGAGGGCCACAAUGAAAACUACCUUCCCGUCUGGCUGCAGCAAGCCGGGUAUAAUACCUAUUAUACCGGCAAACUGAUGAACAUGCACGGGGUCGAAACGUAUAACAACCCAUUCCCUGCUGGCUGGAACCGAAGUGAUUACCUCCUCGACCCCGGUACCUACAGGUACCUCAACUCUGUCAUGUCUCUCGACGAGCAAGAGUACCGAUCCAUGGCGGGCACAUACUCUACCGACAACAUCCGCGAUCGCGCCGUCGAGUUCCUCGGCAACGGCAUCGACGCCGGCAAGCCCUUCUUCCUCGGCGUCGCGCCCAUCGGCCCGCACGGCCAGGACACCCCCAAGGGCUUCGACCACCCGAUCCCCGCGGACCGGCACAAGGACCUCUUCCCGGACCUGCAGGUGCCGCGCACGCCCAACUUCAACCCGGACAAGGCCGGCGACGUGCACUACUUCGCCAGCACGCCCAAGCUCGCCCCGCACCAGGUCGAGUACCUCGACGAGUACUACCGCCGCCGCAUCCAGGCGCUGCAGUCGGUCGACGAGCUCGUCGAGGCGCUCAUGCUCAAGCUCGAGCAGCACCGACACGUCCUCGCCAACACGUACGUCUUCUACACCUCGGACAACGGCUACCAUCUCGGCCAGCACCGCCUCCCGCCGGGCAAGUGUACCAGCAUGGAGGACGACAUCAACGUACCGCUGCUUGUCCGCGGGCCGGGCAUCGCCAAAAAGGCCUCGGUCAGCAUCCCGACGUCGCACACGGAUCUUGCGCCGACCUUCUUUCAGAUUGCUGGCAUUGACCUGCGCGACGACUUUGAUGGUGUUCCGAUGCCGUUGACAGUCGAGCAGCAGCAGAGCAAGACGGUCAAGGGCGAGCACAUCAAUGUGGAAUACUGGGGCGGCGCAUACCUGGAAGGCACCGUUUUCCCACACGACCCAGAAACCGCGCGCAAUACGUACAAGGCCCUCCGCGUUGUCGCCGACGACUACGACUUCAUGUACACUGUCUGGUGCACCAACGAGCGCAUGCUAUACGACAUGAAGCAGGAUCCGUACCAGAUGAACAACCUCUACAGCACUUCUGGCAACGCUACCGGGUACCCCGUCGAUCAACUGAAAGCGCGCCUGGACACUCUGCUGCUUACACUCAAGAACUGCAAGGGUGAGGUGUGCCGCCAGCCCUGGAGCUUCGUCUUCCCGCCCUCGUCAGGACAGGACAUUCAGACGCUCGCCGAUGCCAUGGACACAAAGUACGACGAGUUCUUCGGCUCGCAGGAAGCUGUCAAAUUCUCGGCCUGCGCCGGGGGCUACUUGUUGGAGUAUGAAGGUUCCUUUGCGCCUCGGCCGUUUGCCAAUGAAAAAGGAGAGGCUGUCCUAGCAGCUCGGAUGGAGGACUGGGUUUAA